UUCAGAAUGUAUAACAAUUUCUAUGAGGGAGAGUUUGUCCUGUACAAACAUUCUACACUGCCUUACGAGGUUCACAGUUUUUAUCGAUCCUGUAAUGACAAAGCGUCCUGUAACUGUGCCGUAGCGGUGCGCAUUGACGAUGACGUGAUUGUGGUGGACCGAUGUGGCGCGAGUCGUGAAACUCGCAGGAGGACACCAAUGAGAGUGAAGGUUUUCCGCAAUGGUCAGAUGACUCCCGGAGUCAGAAUCCUUAGAUACUAUGGAGGCAAGAAGUAUGAGAUCAUCCUACCUACAGGCACGGUGGUCAGGGUACAGAACGGGAAAGGGCGGACACCGGAGUUCAUCAACGUCUGGAUCAUUGCAUCACCAGCAGAUUUCGAGAACACAAAAGGUCUGUGUGGCACGUUUGACGGGGAUACGAAGAAUGAUCUGACCAAUCCUGAUGGGACGGUAUACAGGACCAGACUGCGUCAACCUGACGAAUACUCACUCAAGUGGAGGGUUGAAGUGGAUGCCACCCUGUACAACGGUUACUGCCCUGAUGAUGCUGCUGAGUUGGAGAGUUCUGCCGAAUACUGUGACUGUCGUCAAGGACUUGACGUCAGUGAUGACGAUUGCAGUAGCACCAAGUUUCUGCUCGACUGCUCACCACCGGCGGAAACCGGCCACAGAACAAAGAGGACACGAUAUGUGGAUCUGACUGGUGAUCUGAUGCAGACGGCUGUGAGUCCCUCCAAGUGCGGCAGUCUCGACCAGGGAGAAAUCUUCCAGUUUGACAUCAACUAUGUCUCUCCGACUGCAGUCUGGCCGACUCCGAGCGGGUUAGAGUUCAAAGAAGUCAAGACAUACUGUGAACAGGCCGUGAUGGCGUCCUCGGCUGCCAGUCGGUGCCGCGGCACCAUCGGAACAAGUUACAAGACUAUGCUGGAAUCCUGCAUCAUGGAUGUACAGAUAACAGAUGACAAAUCAUGGGCUAAAGAAAUGUUGGGCAACAUCAAGGAACAGUGCUUGACGAUAUUAUCGUUCGAUAUUUCCAUUUGGAUCCGACUUAAUGGAACUUUACAGAUUCCAGACAUCUUCGGUUCCAUCUGUUCUGAUGAUUGCAGUAGUCAUGGAAACUGCUCACAAGGAACUUGUGAAUGUGAAGAGAACUUCAUUGGCGAUGACUGCUCUGUGGAUUCGCGAACUCCCCCCACGUUGCUCUCUCUGAAAAUAGAUCUGUGUGACAUACGAGAACUCGACUCUUGUACUGACAUUGUUGUGUUUGGUGGUCCAUUUGUCAAGUCAGAUAAACUGGUCUGCCACCUCACAGUUCUCACUAAAGUGGAUGCUGGCAGCUACCAAGAAGGAGAUAAGUCUCAAAUAAAGCCAGUUUUCAUCAGUUCAGAGAUUGUCAUAUGUCGCCUGACAGUUGCGGGUACCUACAUGGUUGCCAUUAGUAAUGAUGGAGUUACAGUUAGCCAAUAUUUGAGAUACAUCACUUAUGACUCGAACUGUGAUACUUGCACAUUGGAGAAAUGUACAACUCGGAAUGACAUCUGUGUGAUUGGCAACAUGUGCUACCUGCCUGGAUCAGUGAACCCGGGUAACAGAACACAAAUGUGUGACCCGACCACAUCAGUUAACACCUGGAGUAUUCUUGUUGUGACCGAAGUGAAGAUCACCCGAUACGGCUUCCUCAGGUUAAUUGGCAAUAUUCUGCUGACACUAGCCGGCAAUCUGACUGUCCACAACAACCCGGUGUUUACCCUGGGCCCGACCGGCGGCAAUGCUCUGCUUCUCAAUGGCAAACAACAGUUCAUCGACUUCGGCGACCUUACAGACAGUUGCCUGGGCAACCUGGCGCUGUGCCGAUUCGGUCUAACCGCGUCCUUCAACCUCAAGGUCCUGACAUUCAGGAAACACAUGUAUAUCUUCUCGAGCGGCGACGACAACAUGGGAGGGAUGUCCAUGUGGUGGAAGGGCCAGCACCUGUACCUGCGCGUGGUCACCACAGACCGUGAGUGGGUUGUCAAGGCUAGGUUCAGGGAGCGAGGUCUCAUCAACAGGUUCAUCAAGGUGGAGUUCUCCUGGAGUGUGCAGGCCGGGCUCAGUCUCUACUUUGACGGCGUCCUCGUUGACACAAAAACCAAGGCGAAGAAAGUGAAAGGAUCUCGGAGGUUCAGUCACCGGUUCUAUAUUGGCCGUCAUUUCAGCAGGAAAGAGUUCGCUCACUGCGUCAUCUCCGACUGGAACGUGGUGUUUGCACAGAAGGACAUUAUCAAAGACUUUGAGAUCAAGCUCGAUCUUCCUGAGUUUGAGAAACGCCCUGAACUUGUUGUGUCACAGACCAAUGUCUCUCAGAUUGUCAUCUUCACAUGCUCGGUCAGUGCACUGGAUCGGCCGCAUCUUGAAUACCACGCCAGGUGGCAGCACAACGAGAAAAUCCUCAUCUCGGAGCAGAUGCAAAACCCGUCAGAUAACUUGUACGUCCACACUAUCAAUGAAUCGUUCAUCGACUCUCUGCAAUUUGGAGACAAGCUUUUUUGCUCCGUGUCUGCCUGUGACGCUGGAAACUGUGAUCAAACCCGCGGCCCCUGGAGACAAAGUAUACCUGUUGUUGCACAAGUCAAGCUGUUAACGAAGACAGUGACGGUGUACGAAGGUUCAGUGGUGAGUUAUGUCGACGUGCGAUGUAGCAUCCCACCACGCCUGCUGUGUACGAUGCGGGACCGCGACGCAGGCUGCAGCCUUGUCGUGACGACCGAGCUCAAGCGAGAGAGACGAGAACAGAGGUGUCCGACGGGCUUCGAGGUCUCGCAGGCCGUGUUUGUGAUGGACACGAUGCAGGCCGCCCAGGAGCCGUGUCAGUACCAGAUUGACGGACACGCCUGGAUGAACACACUUAGGAUCCCAGUGAAGGGCUCAAUCGAUGACCUCAAGGACCGCGACAAGAAGCGAGACAUCAUCAUCACAGCUCACGUCGUCAUCACAGACCUCGUGGUGCAGUCUGUCGUCGUGGGACAAGUUGACCUCACAGUGAAAGACCGAGACAGGAGCGCCCUGUGUUUGUCUUCAGGAGAUCCUCACUUCACAACAUUUGACAAGAAGCAUUACAACAACUAUUUGGAGGGAGAAUUCAUUCUUUACAGACACAAGACUCUCCCAUAUGAAGUUCGAACCUUUCUUCGGAACUGCAAUGGCAAGGCAUCAUGUAACUGUGCUGUGGCUGUCAAGUCUGGUGAUGACAUCAUCGUCAUUGAUCGCUGCGGACCGCAGAAAGCAGCCUCUGACAAACGUCGGCCGAUCGUCCCGCGGCUCUACCUCAAUGGAGAACUGACCCCUGGCACUCGUGUCAUCAUGCAGAGUGGAGGCAGGAAAUAUCAGAUAAUAUUGCCAACAGGUGGCGUUGUGACGGCACAGUAUGGAAAGAGAGUUACUGCUAACUUCCUGACCAUUUCCUACAAAGCUUCGUCGGCGGACUUCCAGAACACAGAAGGUCUUUGUGGCACGUUUGAUGGAGACAAGACCAAUGAGUUUGUCAUGAUGGGAGGGGCGCUCUACGGCGGACAUCACAAGAGACCAGACGACUUCUCCCGCAGCUGGAGAGUUGAUUACAAGGACAGCUUCUACAAUGGAAUCUGCGCUGAAACGGAGAGUGCCAGUGCUGUUGGGCAGGCCAUGUACUGUGAUUGCAUGGAGGGCAAAGUGAAAACGUGUGGCCCCAAUCUCGAUGUCAUGUCGUGCUCCGAGGGCGAACAUCGCAAAAGUAAACAUCUUAGAAAGGGUUCAGUUGACAUCACACAGUCUCUCAUUGACGUUGCCAAGGACUACGAUGUCUGUAUACCAACGCGACCGAUGGUGCCGUGGGAAUUCGAUGCUAACUACACAACUCCGGAGUUUACCUGGCCAACUGCGGGUGGCGGAAUCACCAAGGAAAAAGCAACUAAUGCCUGUAGAGCUGUUGUCGAAGCCUCAUCGGCUGCCAAAGUAUGUCAAGGUUUCGUUGUCAUGGAAACAACUUUCAGCUUGGAAUCCUGCAUUGAAGACAUUCAGAUUCUCGAUUCCCUGGACUGGGUCAGUCUGAUGGUGGACAACAUCUUGCUGAACUGUGAGGUGGAGCUCACCUCCAACAUCAACCUGUGGAUCACCUCGCAGGACAACGGUCUAGUUCAGCUGCCCGACGUCGCCGGCCGCAUCUGCACUGAUGACUGCAAUCAACACGGCACCUGUACAGAUGGUGCCUGUGUCUGCGAUGACGGCUGGAUUGGUGCUCUGUGUGACGUGUCUGCCAGCAGUCCACCAGAAAUCAUCUCUUUAGCUACACCCAUCUGUGAUAUACGAGAAGCUGCGUGCAUGGAGGUCGUGGUUUACGGACUUCAGUUUGUAGAGAACAAUAAGCUGACUUGUCAUCUGACGCUAGUUGAUGGUACUGAAGUAUCGUCAGAAGCAAUUUUUGUCAAUUCUGAGGUCAUCAAAUGCAAAGUUACCUCCCUUGGAUUGUUUAACAUCUCUGUCAGCAAUGAUGGAAACACAAAAAGUAAUAUGUUUGUGUUCAUCCGGUUUGAUUCUGUUUGUCAGACAUGCACAGUAGAAAAUGGAUGUUCUGAUCGGGUAAGUUCAGUAAGGGACAGUCAUGAGUAA